GACCGGUCACCUCUUCUCUUCUCGCAAGCCGCACCGUCUAUACCAACAGCUGAGACCUCUUUAGGAAUCUCGAUAGCAUAGAAAACAUUGACUGCACACAUACCAAUUCAUACCGUCCGUCCUUCUAUCCUAGCCCGCACACGGGCAUCUCAUCAUGGCGACUUCACAAACUGCUACUCCCCCCUCCGUGACGCAUACCACCGCACGACUCACUCACCUGGAGGCCCAUGCCUUUCUUUCCGAAUUUCUUACUCAAGCCGACGUCCGCCCCGGGUAUCGACCGGAUUCUACUUUGACAGAGCAUGGCCCGCAGGCUGUAUCUAGCGGCUCGAACCCGAACUUAACAUUACAUCACUUGAAGAGAAUCCUCCUGGGCAUGGAGGGGAAGAAGGUUGGAGGAGGUCUGGAUCUUGUGGGAGCGGAGAAUGGAGAAGAGACUGGCGCAGAAAACAAAACCAAUGGAAACAGAAACACAGACGCAGAUCAGGCGGCAACUCCUCGACGGGCCAAGCGGAAAAUUUACGAGGGGGCAGAUGGAGACAGUACCGCCGAAGCCGCUGCCGGGAACAGCGCGGAAUGGCAGGAAAAAGACGAUUUUGAACUGGCACAGGAUGAUGAUGGAAUCGAUCUCAUGAACGAGGAUCGUCAUCCUGGUGCAGAUUUGGACCAGCCACACGACGACGCCCAAGAGGAGGAUCUGGUUAAUAUCGAGAUUGAAGAGACAGGCGAAAAAGUUGACCCGAGGAAACAGAUCGAUAAGGACGAGAGGAAACGAUUGAAGAAGCUCAAGCACAAAGAGGACAAAGCAGAGAGGUCCAAAAAGAGAAAAACAACUUAAGCAAGAUCGACAGACUAUUGCUCUCUAGCAUUCUCCAGCUGGUGGUCCUAUGCCUAGGACAAAGCCAGGCUCUCCUUUGCAGGACUAGCACUCUACGCCAGUCUCCUACGUAUGCUGAUCUACAUGAGAUUCCCUGGCACGGUCUCUGACCAGUAUAGGAACGGCCUCCAACAUCCCGCCACUUCCAACCCAUUCGAGACUCAUGAUGACCCUACCAGGCCACAAUCAAUUUUGUCAUGGCCCAAAGUCUUGGAUACACAUGGACCCCAGAAGCGGCCAUCGACAGACCUUCCCCCACUUACAGCUCUCUAUCAGCUGCCUUGACGACUUUUGCAUCCACAGUCUUUUCGUCCAGCUCGACCAACUUUCCAUCUGGUACUGGCUUGGAAGUCUUCCAGCCCAAAGCAGCCAAUCUCUCAGCUAGAAUUGGGUGGCUGUAAUGAUAGCUUGCAUACAUCCAAUCAGCAUCCAUGGUGCUGAGGUUCUGGACCUGAAGCUUGAUCAAGCUCUGAGCCAGUUCCUUCUUGAAGCCGAGAUCGGUCGCAAAUGCGUCAGCCUCGAAUUCGAACUUUCGAGACAGGAUGUUCAUCAACAGCUUUACCACAGCAUCCAUGGGGGCAAGCGCAUCGGAGAAAAGGAUGAAGCCAAUGAUGAUCGGGCGCUGUUGGUGGAAGCCGAAGGAAGAGUACAAGGAGCGAUUGUCGAUGAAGAUACUGAACAGGGCGAAUAUGUAGAACAUAUGGAACUACAUCAAUGUUAGUCACCAGGCAGGACAGAUGGGAUACCUGUCGCAGAUACUGACCUGGGCAAUGGCAAAAAGCUUGGUAGUGUGAGAGAGGCUCCAGUGGCCAAGUUCAUGGCCAAGGACAGCAACCACUUCCUGAGGUUCACUCUUCUCAAUCAAAG